AUGUUAUCAGGACAUGUUUUGGGAAAAGUCACUCUUCAUCAGACAGAAGGGAAUUCCACUUAACUAAGAGACACUGGAGAGUUAGCUGCUAACAUCCCAACCAUGGUUUCAUUUGAGCUCUCUGACCACCAGCGCUAUUUACGUACAGCAAGGUUCAUGUGCACCUGGGACCUAGGCAAUGGGACUGUAAGACUUACUGGGCUCUACUCCAUGAAUUUGAUUGUUUUAGAUGCUAUCACUAGUAUUGAGCUGAGAGGGCCACUCUUUUUUGUCUUUUCUCAUUGCUGGAAGAUGGCAAAUUUAGGGAACUAUCUGCCGGCAUGGCUUUGUUGGAGAGUCUUGCCUAAUUGUUGAUCAUAUGGUUCAGUUUCCUGCAAGUUGGUGAGACUUUGAUUCAAGCUAAACCACACUUUCAAAUUUGUGGGCCCUCACUGCCUGGACCUCAGUGCCCAAAACAACAUCAGCGAGCUCCAGGCCUCCUACAACCUCUAUGUGCAAAAGAACCCGGUGGGUCUCCUUAUCUUCAUCUUGCCCUGUGCUUCACUGAUUAUUGCAACCAUCAUCUUCAUCACUGUCUCAGUGUGCCGCCCACAGCAGGAACCUUUCAAGUCUAAGGCAAAGGGAGAAGCUAUGGCUUACCUGUCUUUCGCUGACACUGAAGUUCGAACAAAGCAAACAGGUACUCCUGAUGGCCCUGUGUCCUUAAUCAUCUCUGAGAGAAAAGAACAUGCACUCCAGCCUCAGAUUUAUUAA